AUGCCAAGUCUUGGACUAGAGACACUUCGCUUUCAACCAUCAUAUUUCCAAGUAGGAGACAUUUAUAGCCUAGGAAUUAUUUUAUGGGAAUUGUCGUUUGAUAUUACUGAUGGAACCAAUUAUGAGAAUCUUCAAAAUAAAAUGGAUCGUGGAUAUGACUCAUGA